GCACGAGCAAUAGAUGCUGCUUGCUCGCCUUGAGUCGUCUGCUCGAACACGGUGCUUGUUCUACACAAUAAUUACAUCUUUGCUCAUCGGAUAAUUACUAUGGAGGGGUAUUUCAUUUACGUGGCCAACAAACUUGAUUCAAUAAGGUUCGGCCCUAGUUCAGGUGGAAAAUUAUUUGAUUUGCGAGAGGUAAAAACUCUUUCAUUUUGGAGAGCAGUUUCAGCCGAAUUUUUGGCGACGAUGAUGUUUGUUUUUCUCGGAUCUGCGUCUGCGAUUUUCGACAGCGAUAAAGUCAAGAUAUCCCUUGCGUUCGGCCUAGCCAUCAUGGCAAUGAUCCAGAUGUUUGGUCACGUGUCCGGCGGCCACAUCAACCCCGCAGUCUCCAUCGCCAUGGCGGUGUCCAUGAACAUCUCCGUGUUGAGGGCGUUCCUGUACGUCGUGGCUCAGACUAUAGGUGCUAUCAUCGGGGCAUUCAUUCUCAAGGGCGUUACGCCUUCGGCUUUCCACGGGAACCUGGCCGUCACCAAUAUCAACAGCGCCCUGGGGGUCACCCAGGCUCAGGGCUUUGGGGUGGAGUUGCUCCUGACCUUUACCCUCGUCUUCGUCAUCUACGGCACCGUUGACGCCAACAGGCCAAACUUCGGCAGCGCCUCAUUGGCCAUUGGUCUAACAGUUGCUAUGGGUCACUUCUCUGCGAUCUCCUACACUGGGGCGAGUAUGAACCCCGCACGGUCUCUCGGAUCAGCUGUCGCCUCCAACUCUUAUGCAAACCACUGGAUUUACUGGGUCGGUCCAAUCGCCGGAGGGGUCCUAGCUUCUGUGCUCUACAAAUGGGUCUUUGAUCCCUACAGGGGCGUACCCACCAUGGCUGAAGGCGCGCAGACUUUGCUGCAAGACGACUCCUUUGUGGCAAUACCACGUGACUAUUUUAAAGAGGGCAAGAAGGAGAACAUGAACGCCUCCUCUAAUCUGUGAUGUCAUCACCUACCUUUCACGUGACAUGCUGACAUAUUUGGCCCGGGGCGUCGUCAGAUGAGAUGACUAGAGAUUGACAUGUCUUUUAUUCCAAAUGAUGGCAUACGUUGUGUGCCUUAGCGUUCCCUCCCUGCUGAACACAUCACAAGCUUUGACCAAAUUCACAACUACAGAAGUGCUCAAACCGAACGGAAUUAUAUUGUUCAAUUCCUUCGUUAUUUCAAUUAUUUUCUCACAUUUCACUUCAUUUGGGUAUCAAGGCACGAGUUACUUUUGAAAAAUAAUUUGUGUUAACUUAUUUUUAAAAAAAAAUAAGAAAUUGAAUCGGAACAAAUUAUAAUUAAAAUGACAGUAUAUACAAGCUGAUUAGUUGGAGACAAUUGGUUCGACAUAUCUUAUGCAGAGUAAUGCCUUAAAACAUAAAGUUGAAGCGCAUGUCCGUAAGUUGUAACUUCAGUGUAAAUGUAGAGCUUUAUGAACGAAUAUCUCUCUUUCUUGAAACCUCAUUCGUAAAAUCAAUAGUCACAUGUAUCUUGGGAUUUCAGUAAUGGACAAAAUGGAGCAUUUUGAUAUCAUAAUGUGUUCUUAUUGUAAACAAAUGUCAUUCAUACUAGCUGAUACAAAGUAUCAGUUUUAUAUAUUUAUGAUGUAUCUAUGGAUAUUAACAUGUUGAUCGUGUUGAAACCUUUUAGCGAAUAUUCCUAUAUUUGUAUGCUCUGUUCUAUGACAUCGUUGUUAUUGUUAUUGUUAUAGUGUUGAAGUGUUCACCUUAAUAUGUUCAAAAACACUUAUUGUGGGUUGAAUUAAUAAUGAUUAAAGAUGAUGUUGAUUAUACUGGUAACACAGGUUAUCAUCUAAGGUGUAACGAAUUUCAAAAGGUAACAUGUUCCAAGCAGGUAAAGAGCAUUCCAUCAUCAAAGUGUUUUGCUUAUUUUCGAUGUCUUUAUGAAAAAUAUAAUUAAAUGAUUCGAUUUAAAUAAAAUGACGUAAACUUAAGGGAUGUAUCUAUGAACAAUGGUAGCAUCAACGCGUGUACUCAUGCAUCGAAUUUUAUUUAGCAAACCAAUUGAUCAAAAACAUUCUUGCAUGUUCCGAUACAUUUCUGGCACGUCUACAUGAAAGACAAAAGUUUGCAAAUCCAAUGUGAAGACGGUUCUGGCUCUCGGUGAUAAUGCCUUUUUCGCUGUUAUCACUGGUAUAGUGAACGAGGUUUCCAUGGGUACUGUAAGUUGUAUGUGCAGGGGGAACAACUGACACAUCUUUGAUAGAGUGUGCUGUGGAUAGGACGUUUGAGCAAUGCAUGUUGUGAUAAAGUAAAUUUUCAUCCAGUAACUCGUCAUCUCAUAUAUGGAAACUUUGUUGUGAAAUAUGGUUCAUGUGUGUUUUCUUUGCUGCGUUGAUAGUUAUGAAUUCCGAUUUUCUCCAGAAACGAAACAAGCCAUAUAGAUUUGUAUUAGACAUAUUUUCAGUUGUCAGUCAUGAGGUGUAAGUUUAAAUACUGACCACAGGAUCUUCUUCUGAAUCAUCUUUCAGAUUUGGAGAAAGUCGGAACAUAUUUAACGUUAAUCAAGUUUGUAAAAGUAUCAUGUACUUCAUAUCUCAUUGAAACAGAGAAUUCAUAAAACGUUCAAAAUGACAUUGUAAUGAAAUAUCUUAAUUUCAGAUAUUUUUCUGCAUAGAAAAGUCACGUAGUUGUGUAUAAGUUCUGAUAGAAAAUGAUUUUAUUCAUUUUUUACUCUUUUUGAUACUUUUUUAUUUUACACACAAUUUAUUCCCUUGUAGAUUCAAAUGGGGUGAUGUUUCGGUAUUUUGUCUUUAAGCACAGUUGUUUUAUUGUGGUACUGCUUGACGAGUAAUUCCGCUUUGACAUUCCUCUGAUAUGAUUCUAAUCCUAUUUAACUGCUUACUGGAUAAUAACCCUCCUACAGAUUGGCUUUGUAAAGAGACACAAAAAAAUCCAUCAGGUUGUCAGAGUAACUGCUAAGUACCUGAGACCAAUACUCAACUUCAGUUUGGCAGAUCUAGUGUCAGUGUACCCAUAUAGACAUGGAUCGAUGCUCAUGAUUUCACCAACUUGUUAGCCUUCUUGGCAGUACUUUAAGGCAUCGCAUGUCUGGCACUUUAUGAUCUGUCAGUAUCAAACCUGUGCUCGUAGGAAUCUCGAAAUUGGUAAACGUGGGACUUCAGACUUUCCUCCCACAUUGAACUUACACCAUGUGAUAGAAAUGAAAUACUUUUCAUGUUUCGUUUAACCAGAAGUUGUCAAUCUGAAGUUGCGAUUACAAUGACAUCGAAAAUAUUGCAGAAAUACUGCAGAAAAUGACAUAUACACCAACUCGCUUUGAGAAAUAUGUGUCUUUAAGAGACUGAAAAGGACAUCAACUGUACCAGCUCUCUAAUUACAUCAGGCACAUACACUAAUGACAUUGCCUUCAGCGUCCCCGGACUAAUUAACAGGUUGUCCCAUCUCUGAAUCAACAUUAUAUUUGAUAAUCCAUGUAAGGAAAUGCUAAAAUGUUGUACUUUGCCAUGAUGGGUGAAUGAGCCUUGUCAAUUUGGGGGAAGCACAACACAUCAUAACUCCAACGACAUGUAUGUUGCGUUCAAGAAUGAACAAUAUAACUUAUCGUAUAUCGAGCAAUAAAAUGUAUAUUUUCUACAA